UCAGUUUGCUUAUAUGAAGAUUAGCCACUGCUAUAGGUAGAGUAACAGAACUGUUGACCAUCUGGAUGGUAUUCAUCCUGCAGAGAAGUGAUUCAAAUUUGGAGGAAAAUAAGAGAUCUUUAGAGUCAGUUUGCUUAUGUGAAUACUAGCCACUGCUAUAGAGAGAGUAAUAGAGCCGUUGAGCAUCUGGCUGGCAUUCAACCUGCAAAGAAGUUUAUCCAGCUGGUUCCUAGUGAGUUUUCUGCCAAGUUUAGAGAAAUCUUGGCAGCUGAUAAAGUAGGCAGAGUUUUUGCCGGAUUAAUGUUGGUUUUCCGUUUUUCUCAAUUUUUUUCCUUUGGUUCGUAAAAAAUCUUUUCUAUGUAGUAUUUUUUUUCAAAUAAAAAUUAAUAGGGGUAAACAAGUAAAUUCAUAGGGAUAUAUCACUGAUUGAACUUUCCAUUUUUAUAACUUCACUCCUUUGUUCCGGGGAGAGCCCAAAAAUGGCGUCGUUAUCUCUUUCUUUCUCUUCCUCUUCUCAUUUUUCUUCUCCUCUAAAUCCCAAAACUAAAACCCUAAACCCUAAAUCCAUACACGAUAAAACCCUUUCUUUCUCUAAGGUUUUCCAUUGCAGACUCUCUUCAUCACCAUCAGUUCAUGCUCAAAGAGGAGGAACAACAAGACCUAAAAAAGAAGAACAUCAUUCUCCUCCUGCAAAGAAACGCCACUGGAAAGAAGGAGAAUUUCCUGAAUAUUUAGCUCAAAAGAACUCUUCUUCAUAUUCUUCUAGAUCUUCUUCUUCUUCACCGAGACCUUCAAAACGUAGCCAAAAUCAAGGGACUGAGAAGAAACGACAUUGGAAAGAAGGAGAGUUUCAGGGAAUAUCUGAAGCUCAGUUUGUGAGGUCUAGUAAUAGAACUCCAUUAAAGAAUUUGAAGAAGAAAAUUGAUAAUAGGAAUAAUGCUAAAGCCUGGGUUAACACUGUUACUGAAUCUUUAGCUGAUAGAAUGCACAAGAAACAAUGGGAUGAAGCUUUACAGGUGUUUGAGAUGCUGAAAGAACAACCAUUUUAUCAUCCUAAAGAAGGGACAUACAUGAAAUUAUUAGUUCUCCUUGGUAAAUCUGGGCAACCCAGUCGAGCGCAAAAGCUGUUUGAUGAAAUGCUCGAGGAAGGAUUGGAUCCUACAGCGGAGUUAUACACAGCAUUGCUUACAGCUUACAGUAGGAGCAAUUUGCUUGAGAAAGCGUUCGCAGUUCUCGAAGAAAUGAAGGGGCUUCCUCUUUGUCAGCCAGAUGUUUAUACUUAUAGUACUCUUAUAAAGGCUUGUAUUGAUGCAUCUCGAUUUGAAUUAGUUGAUAGAUUAUACGAGGAAAUGGCUGAAUGGUUGAUUACUCCAAAUACAGUUACUCAGAAUAUUGUUUUGAGUGGGUACGGGAAGGCGGAUAUGUUUGAUGAAAUGGAAAAAGUACUUUCAGGGAUGUUGGAGAGCACGGAAUGUAUACCAGAUGUAUGGACAAUGAACACUGUUAUCAGCUUAUUUGGGAACAAGGGUCAGAUUGAGAUGAUGGAGAGUUGGUAUGAAAAGUUCCGUAACUUCGGCAUUGAACCUGAAACCCGUACUUUUAAUAUUCUUAUUGGUGCAUAUGGGAAAAAACAGAUGUAUGAUAAGAUGUCCUCGGUAAUGGAGUACAUGCGCAGGCUAUCUUUUCCCUGGACUACCUCAACUUAUAAUAACGUGAUUGAGGCAUUCGCAAAUGCUGGAGAUGCUCAAAAUAUGGAGUACACUUUUGAUCAGAUGCGUGCAGAGAGGAUGAAAGCUGAUACCAAGACCUUCUGCUGUCUUAUUAGGGGUUAUGCUAAUGCUGGUCUUUUUCACAAGGUGGUGAGCAGCAUUCAAUUGGCUGAGAAGUUGGAAAUACCAUCAAAUACAUCGUUUUUUAAUGCAGUGAUCUCCGCUUGUGCCAUGGCAGAUGAUCUGAUGGAGAUGGAGAGAGUUUACCAAAGAAUGAAGGAUAAGCAAUGCCCAGCAAAUUCUGCAACUUUUGAUAUCAUGGUAGAGGCAUACAAGAAAGAAGGUAUGACUGACAAGAUCUAUGAUUUGGAGCAGGAAAAAUCGAAUGUGCUCAUUAGUGGUUCAGAAAGCGAGUGAGAUCAUUAGAAGGUAGUUUUAGUCAAAGGCUUCCUAUGGAUGGAGAAUGAUAAGUUAUUGGUUUUAUUUAUUCCCUUAAAAGAAAUAAUCACCUUUUUGGAGCGCCGCGAUACUGGAUUUCUUCUUCCGCAUUGCAUUAUGGUCAAGUAAUCUGCCACUGCUUUGGUCAAGUAAUCUGCCACUGCUUUGGAGGAUGAAUAACGUUAUGUAUACCCUUUUUGUCCAUCUUCUGGUAAUGUCUGUGUAAAGUAGUGUUGACUAACUCUGUAUCCACACAACUGUUCCAAAGUACUUAAUAUAAAGGUCCAAACUGCUUUUGUGCAA